UCAGCAUUUACCUGAUACGAACCGGCACUCAGUGGUUUUCAAUUUUUAUAAAUUAUUUUAGGGUAACCGUGUUUUAAAAAGAAUUUUUCCUCCUCACGACAUGCAAAUCAUUACAUAAACCAAGUCUGUGAUAGUCGAUGUUUUGUGAAGUUAUUUUGAAGUUUGUUUGUUUCCUAACCUAGCAAAUUUGUUUCUCCAUUUAUGGCUAAAAGAACGGCAACAAGUGAUUUAAAUCACGAUAAUUGGGAUAGGGAGGAUGAACCCGAAGAUGCUGGAACAUUUGCAAAAGCUUCAGAGGAAACUUUGAAGAACAGAGUUAUUAAAGUUGCCCGUAGGAGGAACCCAAUAUCAUCAGUCCAAAGUGACGAUAGCAAACCCAGCGCGUUUGGUGGCUUUUCUGGGUUUGGUAAGACGCCAACUAGUUCAUCAAACACGUUUGGAUUUUUGUCAAAUUUAAAUAAAACCGAGACAAAUAAAACUAACGGGAUUACUGAAAAAGAAGCAGAAACCUCUGAUAAAAAAUUAGACGAAUAUUACGCUAAAUUGAAAGGAUUAAAUGAGAGUGUCACUGAAUGGAUAAAGAAACAUGUAUCCACAAACCCGUUCAUUAAUUUACAACCAAUUUUCAAAGAUUAUGAUAAGUAUAUCAAUGAACUUGAAAAGGCGAAAUAUGAAGCAGCUUCAGAAAAAUGUGUAACCUCAAGUAGUGCCACAACUGCACCCCAAUUUUCCUUUGGUACAACUUCUACAAGUACAGUUCCCAAAUUUUCAUUUGGGGUCACAUCUACUGCGUCAAGUAGUUUUUCAUUUGGUCCCACCGCUACAACUGUUAGUUUCAGUUCAAACAGUAGUACUGCUACCUUAUCAGCGGGCGAAAAUUCCUUCAAAUCUCAACCAUUUUCAUUUGGAAAUUCAGGUUCAGACAGUGGCAAAUUCUCAUUCACAAGCACUGUAAUAAAACCAGCUGAUGAUUCAAAACCCCAAGAGCAAGAAGAUGAAGAUGAGCCACCUAAAGUUGAAUUUACUCCAGUAGUAGAAGAGGGGCAUAUUUAUUCAAUCAGAUGCAAAGUUUUUGUGAAGAAGGAAGGGAAAUUUGGGGACCACGGUGUCGGCACUUUGUACCUCAAACCAAUCCCAAACAGCGAGAAAGUCCAACUCAUCGUCCGAGCUGAUACAAAUUUAGGGAAAUUAAUUUGUAAUUUUAUUUUGUCUGAAAGUAUCCCAAUGCAAAGAAUGGGGAAGAAAGACGUUAUGUUAGUUUGUAUUCCAAAUCCAGACAUGCAACCUCCACCUGUGCCAAUAUUAUUACGGGUGAAAAGUCCAGAAGAUGCUGAUGAGUUGUUAAAAACUUUGCAGAAACAUAAGAAAUAGGCUAGGGGUGUUUAGCUCAAUAAAAUAUUUUUCUAAGUACA